AUGAAGAAGUUGGAGCUGGUAGAACCAAGGAGAGCUGCAAUGGAUCAAGCAGCUGACCAACCUGAGCAGGCAGGAGGGGGACGCGGUGAAGAUGCGGUGCGAAGUGAGCGGCUGGCCCGGGCCGCUGACGCUGCGGUGGCUGCGGAACGAGGUGCCGCUGGAGGCCGGACUGCCGCCCGCAGGGAGGAGGCGGCUGGCAGUCAAGACCACCGUCUCCGGGGACCGACUCAUGUCCCGCCUCAGGCUCUCCAGGCUGGAGGUCCACGACUCCGGGUUCUACUCCUGCCAGGCCCGCAACGGCCUCGGCUUCGUCUCCGCCACCACCGGCAUCCUCAGGGUCCGGAUGUCGCCUGGUUGGGGUAA